UUAGCAUGGAAGAACUUUCCAAAAUAAUAGGAACACGCGAAAAACGUACAAGAAAUUAUAAAAGAACGCAAAGAAGGCCCUUCCCGGCAUCCUUUCUUAAAGACAAAAACAACAUCCAAUCGGCAAAAUCUCAGUGAAGUAAAAAUACAACAGCAACAAGUCGGAUCCGGAUUCGGGUCUAUCCGUACGAUUCGAUUUCAUUCUCCGGUGGCGGCAGAGAAGGAGGCGGAGCAUUUUGUGAGCCUAACAAUGGAGGACGAUAAGAAGAAGAAGAAGAAGAGGAACAAGAAGAAGAAGAACAAGCAGGGCGAGGCCACCGACGAUGUUUCUGUUUCCGGCAACGGACAAGUUUCUCAGGCAGCCGGAGAUGUUCAUUCCGACGAUGCCUCGUCCGUCGGCAAUGGCCAGGUUUCAGAGGCCUGUGCGGGUGCUCGUUCCGAUGCUGUGCGAGACGGAGACGGAUAUGUGAAUGGGAAGAGGCAUGAGAGCAAUGGCACGGAAUCUAGAUUAUUAGCUGAAUCUGAGAAAAAAUGGCUCCAAAGAGAGUUUUUACAGGAUACAUUAGAAGAAACAAUCAAACAAUUACAAAUCGAAAAGGACGUAUACAUACAGAAGGAGGCUACAUUAGGGGUUACUAUUAAACAAUUACAGAAUGAGAAUGAUUCGCGUAUACAGAAAGAGGCAACAUUGCAUGAUACAAUUAAGAAAAUGCGGGAAGAAACGGAUUCACAUAUACAGAAAGAGGCUGUUCUACAGAUGGAAAAUGAACAUUUACAGAGCGAAAAAGUUUUGUGGCUUCAGAAAGAGGUUGGAUUAGAGGACAAAAUUGGUUGGUUAGUAGAUGAAAAAGGCACUUUGCAUUCGGAAAAGACAAGCUUACAGGAAAAGGUUAAACAUCUAGAGGGAGAUAGAGAGACCUGGACUCUAAAGGAGGAUUCGUUUAAGGGAACGUUAGCAACUCUGAAUGACGAUAUUGCUAGAUUACGAGCACAGGUGUCGGAAUUGGAACAAUCCAGGAAUAAUCUUGUACAAGAAAAUCAACAGCUGAUGGAAAACAUUUCUAGUUGCAGUUGCAAAAAGAAUCUUGAGAGUGUCUACUCUACUCCAGCAUCAGACGAACUUGCAAAGGCUUCGGAACAUGAGGAAUUGAACUCUCAGGUUGAAGCAACAUGUUCACUAGUUGAGAAAUUAGUUGCAGAGAAUGCAGAGCUUGUUGAGAAGGUGAAUGAGUUGUAUGGUGAACUUAACCGACGGAGCCUCACAGUUGAAUUUACUUCAACAACAGAAUCUAAUACACCAGUUGUACCUCCUGAAGCUGCCAGUGUCAUUGAUCCCGUGUCUGUAUCCACUGAGGAUAUGUCGACAUCAGACGAGAAGCUUGAUUCCCCAAAAGGUGUUCCAAUCAAACAGGAGAUGCAUAGUAAUGGUAACGUGGAUUCUGAACAUGCUGCUUUAGUUCCAGAACUGCCAGUAUCCGAUGAAGUUAGUGAAAUUGUUCAAAUUCCGUUGGAUGAGAAUGAAGUCAGAAAUCUAGAGGUGUCUCUCGAGAAUGACAAAAAUGCCGGUGUGCCGCUUGCAGAAGCUCCCCUGAUCGGUGCUCCUUUCCGGUUGAUGUCAUAUGUUGCUAGAUAUGUUAGCGGUGCUGACUUGGUUAACAAGGGAUCUACUUAAGUCUAGUUAUUAGCUUCUACCUCGCCAGUGAGCAGGGGCAUAAUUUCCUGAGAUUUUUGUCGAAGUAAGAAAUACUAUUCUUUUAGAGAUUAGAGACAGGCCUUUACUUUGGCCAUUUACAUUGUUAAAGUAUCAGAAACUGUAACUUGUGUUGAAGAAAUACUUGUAAGCUGCGUGUUUUUCGCAACAGGACAACACUUAGCUCAUCAACCGCACCUUCUUUUAUACACUGAAUUCUACUUUUAGGGCGGGUAGCGCUCGUGAUUACAAAAAAAAAAAUAUUUGUCAAUCUCCUUAUUUCUCUCCUACAUUUUCAUUUUAGCCGAUUGUCUUCUAAAUUCUUAUAAUUAGCCGAACUUCUCACCAAAACUUUUAGUCUUAAUCAAAUCAAUUCUUUUUUUUUUUUGUAAGUGAAAGGUUUUAGGUUCAAUUUUCGCUAAUGAUGAAUUUAAACUAUAUUAUUGUUAAUCUAUUAUGAGGUUUAGCAUAUUCUUCCACUCUUUUAUUGUAAAUAAUAUCGUUUGUUUAGAAAUAAAAAUAUAAAAAAUAAAAUCAGUAAUAGGUGAACAACAGAACAUGUACUUGGCACAUGCAUAUUUAACGGAAAAUCGGUUGGACGUUUCAAAACUAACAGUAAGGUGUAAAUUGGCAAAUGCAAUAACGUUUAGGGAGUAAAUUGGCAAAAAACUAAUUCAGGGGCAAACUGGGAGAAACAUACUAGUUGAGGGGGUAAACGACAGUUUACCCAUAAACAUAAUAGACUAAACUUGUAUCACCAUUUACUCCAACCCCAUCUGCUAGCCUCUCUCUCUCUGCGCAUACAAAUCUGGAUCUAGAUGCAUCCGGCGCUCUCUCUUCUCCGGUGGAAUUUUGCCACGGCGCUCUCUCCCACCUUCACAGACAGUCUCUCUUCUCUUUCUGUCAGUCCCUGAUGCAUCCGGAUCUAGAUGUGGGCAAAAAUCAGCGGCCAAAGACCUCCAGAUUCAAUCUCUCAGUCCCUGAUGCAUCCGGAUCUGGAUGUGGGCAAAGACACGGUGGACCUCAAUCAUAUCAAGCACUCGGAAACCAGGGAUGACUUUUUAGGCUAAAAAUGUCCUUAAAAAUAAACAGUAUUGUUUCUUUAAGACUACCUUUAAUAAAUUAAUUAUAAUGUUUUAAAAAGCAGGAUAUCGGUACAUUUGAUUGUACGGUGAUUUGAUUAUGUCGGCACAUAUGGUGAUUUGACUUUAUACUUGUUUAAAAAUCCAUCAAAAUCGCCAAGGAAGUCGACAGAAAUCCUUAAAAAGCCUUUAGGGACACUUGGUGGUGCCUUUUUGGCCAGUUUUCUUCAGCCUGAUUGUUCAAAGUUCCGAGAUCUCAUAGACGUUGGAAUUCUGGACAUGUUGCUGGUUUUAUAUGCGAAGCCAUACAGGUACCUCACCAAAUUAACAUUCAAUUUUUUACCAACUCAACCCAACCCAACCCUUGAAGCGAAAUGCGGAAAAAGGGAAGAAAAAAUAAAAUCCAUGGAUCCCGACCCAUUUCAUUACAACUUUUUGUUUAUGUGACGGGGAGUAGGAGGAAUCGUAGAGUUGUUCAUCCCUGACGAGGAACAGUCUGGUUCCGCUCUUCUGGUGGUUUGAGUGUCAUGGUGUUGUGCUUGACAUUGUCACAAUAGCAAAGGUUAAAAAACAUCACCUGGGCAGCUACUUUCAAUUGGCCAGGCCAGCAGCGGGACCUCCAUCAUCAUCCUCUUUACGCUGUUUCUUACUUUCAGGACCAGCAUCAUCAUGAGCCCUGACUUUUUUCUUUUUCUCUUUUUUCUUUCUUGGAGGACCGCUCUUUUUUGGAAUAAUGGUGCUCGGCGUCUUGUCAAUCCAGCGUCUCAAGGCACUGCUGCGAGUCGGAGUAGUUGGAAUAAUGGUGCUCGGCCUCAUGCGCCUCCUGGAGUCGAGAGAGUCGGGAGUCUCGGGAGCCAUGAAGACCCUCCUGGAGUUCUUGCAUCAGAUCUUGGGGAUUGGGAAUGGAUCGAGAGAGAGAAAGGGUUCCAGGAGGCGGCAGACUAGGGAUUUGCUUUUUCCUGAAAAUAAGAAACAGCGUAAAGACGAUGAUGAUGGAAGUCCCGCUGCUGCUGCUGGCCUGGACAAUUGAUAGUAGCAGCCCAGGUUGGAUUCGUGGAGAAAAUUGGUCGGCUAGUAGAUGAAUCGAGUAUCAUAAGCUUCCAGGAAAAGGUAAACCUAUCAUAGAUCCUGUAUGAUAGGUUUGAAUCGAGUCAGACCAUUGUCCUUGUUGCAUGCUCAUCCUAAGUUCUGUUCGCAAUUAGCUCACAUAAAAUCUCUGUAUUUUCUUUUGAUAUGGAAUUUAAAACCAAAGCUGGGCAGGUGUCGGAAUUGGAACAAUCCAGGAAUAAUCUUGUACGAGAAAACGAACAGCUGAUGGAAAACAUAUCUCGUUUUUGCAGUUUCAAAAUAAGUAUCUUGAGUGUGUCUACUCUACUCCAUCAUUGGCUAAGGGAUACUAAGUUUGCCGAGUGUUUAUGUUUCCCAGAGAACAAAUUCUUACAAUGGUGUUUGGAAACUUUUAUGAACUCCUAUGAGCGAUAAAUCUAUCAGUUUUGCUGAGAAAUAUUUUAAAUAUAAAAAAUCUGACAACGAUCUCUUUCUCUAUCAUUGCUUUCUUGACAUAUUACUUGUCAAAUGACGAAAAAUGUGUCUGACUUUGUGUUAAUGUAGCAUGCUCUGAAAUGUGAGGAAUUGAACUCUCAGGUUGAAGCAGCAUGUUCACUGGUUGAGAAAUUAGUUGCAGAAAAUGCAGAGCUUGUUGAGAAGUUGAAAAGCUGCUUCCCUCCCGUAGUUUCUAUAGGAGUAAUGUGUACAGUCGUGUUAUACAUUGAGACACCUGUGAUUAGGUUUUAUAUAUUACUAUAAGAUUUUGAUGGGCUGACUGGUUGUCUGACAUAUCUUUUACUCUAUCCUUGGUAAAUGAGUUGUAUAGUGAACUUGAACGACGGAGCCUCACAGUUGAACUCGCUUCAACAACAGAAUCUAAUACAACCGUUAUGCCUCCUGAAACUGCCAGUGUCAUUGAUGCCGUGUCUCUGAUGAGAUUAGUGAAAUAGUUCAAAUACCGUUGCAUGAGAAUGAAGUCGGGAAUCUGGAGGUGUCUCUCAAGAAUGACAAAAAUGCUGGUGUGCCACUCAUAGAAGAUCCGCCGAUUGGUGCUCCUUUUUGGUUAAUGUCAUAUGUUGCUAGAUAUGUUUGGGGGCAUGAUUUCCUCAGAUUUUUGUGGAAGUAAGAAAUACGAUUCUUCUGGAGAUUAAAGCCGGGCCUUUAUUUUGGCCAUUUACAUUGUCAGAGUAUCAAAAAAUGUAACUUGUGUUGAAGAAAUACUUGUAAGCUGUGUGUUUUUUGCAGCAGGUUUGUACGUUUUUGGCAAUAGAAUUUGCUUUUCAAUUA